ACACCACCACUCCCACCCUCAACUACGCCACGCUCCGCCGCCCCUUCCGCUACCACCUGAAAAACCUCCUGACAAACCCCCUGCUGCUCACCAUGCGCCGCGCCCUCUCCUCCCUGCGUUUCUGGGAGUUCGUCUCCUUGGUACUAUUCAACACUGGAAUGGCUUUCCUCCUCUUCUACACCCCUGCCGCCCCAUCUACCACGGCUGCCACUGCUGCCACUGCCGCGCUCCCUUACAUGCUGUUCCCGGGCGUCCUCUGGGCAUGCAUCCGCUUCCACCGCAAGGGCUCAGGCUUCAUCCUCGUUAUAGUCGUCCUCGUUGUGUGCUUCUGCACGGCGCAGGGCCGGGGGCCACUAGUAAGAGAAUCGGCGAAUGGGACGGUGCUGCAGGUGCAGCUGCUGGUGGUGGUGCUGAGUUUAGGGGCAGUGCUGUUGGCGGCGGCAGUGAGGGACACGAGGAGGCUGAGAGAGGGGCUCAGGCAGCUGAACCUGUCUCUAGAAGGGGAGGUGGCCAGACGCACUGAGGAGAUGCAGGCAGUGAAUGAGGACCUGAAGAAGUCCAAGGAGGAGUUAGAGGAGGCAGGCCGGGCCAAGACGGAGUUCCUAGCCAACAUGAGCCAUGAGAUCCGCACGCCCAUCCACGGCAUCAUCGGAAUGACAGCGCUCGCCCUCGACGCCCUCGAGUCCCUCCACCUCGCGCCCUUCGACUCCCAAGACCCCGCUGCACCCGGCGUCUCCGCGGAGGCCCUGGCCCUGCGGCACGAUCUGACGGUGGAGCUGCACGAGCAUCUGACGGUCGUGGCGCAGUCGGCAGACUGCCUGCUCAACAUCGCCAACACAGUGCUGGACCUUGCCAGGAUCGAGGCGGGGCAGCUGGCAUUAGACCGAGUCCCGUUUGCGCUCAGGGACAUGGUUGGGUCCACCAUGCGCAUGUUGCAGGUGCGUGCGGAGCAGAAGCAGCUGCUCUUCUCGUGGCAGGUGGCGGAGGGAGUUCCGCACACCGUGCUGGGGGACCCGGGCAGGCUGCAGCAGUGCAUCAUUAACCUGGUGGGCAACGCUAUCAAGUUCACCCACCAGGGAUCCGUGGAUCUGGACAUCACUCUGCUCUUCUGCCCCCCUCCCGCCCCCGGCACCAAGCACGAAGCGGCGGCAGCAGCCAGCAGCAGACAAGAAGCGGCAGCAGCAGCCAGCACCACAAGGCACGGAGCAGCAACAGCGGCAGCCAGCAUUACACCCAUCGCCACCACCACCACCAGCACCAGCACCACCAGCAGCACCAUCAGCACCAGCAGCACCGGCAGCAACAUGAUCAACUGCCAGAUCAGCAGCAACACGAACAACAACGAGAGCAAGAGCAGCAACAACAGCAAGGGGGCAGCAAGGGGAGCAGCAGCAGCAGGAGGCGGAGCAGCAUGAUGCUCCCCAUCUCCUAGACGAGCCGCACUACCUCCCUCACUUCAUCCCCCGAUCCUCCACAUGCCCCCCUGCCUCCUCCGCCCCGCACUCCCCUCCCCCUGCUCCUCCCCCCUCUCGGGAAGGCAGGGAGGGGGCUGUGUCCGCUCACCUUUCCGCCCCCAUCUCCCCCUCCUUUGCUGCCCACCCCAGCACCAACCCCAGCACCAGCCCCAGCACCAACACCAGCACCAACACCAACAUACUCGUCCCCACUGACGUCUCCCUCGCUCUCCGCAAGCGCAUUCAGGGGCAGGUGGACCGAGGGGCCGGGAGGGAGAGAGAGGCAGAGGGCGAGGGUAGCGACCGACCGGGCAAGACGGGUAGGCAUCGGCAGAGGCACAGCCAGGGGAACGGCCAUGCAGGGAGGUUCACAGGGAGAGAGAGAGGAGACGUGGAGGGGCGAGGAGAGGAGGUCCGGGAGUGACCAAGCCAAGCUGUUCGGCUCGGGUGGGAGGAGCGGGAGGAGGAGAGGGGGCGCAGAGGUACAGGGUUUCGAUGGAGUGGGGCUGUACCAGGGGGGUCGGAGAGAACACCCAGAUGCUGGUGACUCCGACACGAGUGAUAGAGAUGCCGCAGCAAAGGCCAGGCUAACCCUAGACUCGAUACAAGCCCAGCUGCUGACUAACAGCCAGCCGCGCAGGGGCCUAUCUCGCACCGCAGGAGGCACAGCAGGGGCAGGAGCAGAGGGAGCAGCGGUAGCAGUGGUAGCAGCUGCGGCAGCGGCAGCAGCAGCACAGAUCACGAAAAUGAGAAAGAUAAUCAUGAUGAUAACGAUGAUGAUGAUGACGACGUCACGCCUCGAGCGGUUAUCAGCAGCAGCAGCAGCUGCCUGCGCACCAUUGGAAAGAUAGCAGCAGCAGGGCUGGUCAGCUCAUCCUACCCCUCCCUCCCCUCCCACUCCUCCUCUGCCAAUCAGCGA